GUUACGACUAACCAACAACAAAUUGAUCGCUAAUCUCUCUCUCUCUCUGCUUUACUCUUCUUUCUCGUCGGGGAGAUGGCAAUGGGGGGAGGAAGCGGCAUGGGGGAUGGGAUGGGCAUGCCCAUGCCAAUGCCUCCGCCACCAUCGAGCAUGAGCAUGCCCACGCCCAUGCCCAGCGACGACGGCAUGGGGGGUAACGGUAAGAUGAUGAUGAUGCACAUGACCUUCUUCUGGGGGAAGCGCGUCCAGGUGCUCUUCUCCGAUUGGCCCGGCGACCGCGGCCUCGGCAUGUACGUCGCCUCCCUCGUCUUCGUGCUCGCCCUCGCCGCGCUCGCCGAGGCCUUCUCCGCCGCGUCCGGACGCCUCGCGCGCCCCGGAUCCGGCCCCCUCGCCGCGGCGCUCCUCACGCUCCUCCACGCCGCGCGGAUGGGGAUCGCUUACUUGGUCAUGCUCGCCGUCAUGUCCUUCAACGUCGGAGUCCUCAUCGCCGCCAUCGUGGGACACGCCCUAGGGUUUCUGUUCGCCAGGUCCGGGAUCUUCGCCAAGGGCUCUGGCCCCGUCGACGCGGAGGCCCAGCCUAACACCCACCCUCCUCCUCCGUCCAAAAGCUAAAAUAAGAUUUUUUUUUUUUUUUUUUUUUUGGUGUUGCUUUUUUUUUUGUUUGUUUUUUUCCUUGUAUUUUCAGAUCUGUAGGGGCGAUUAGUUAGGAGAAUAAUCGCUACUUGUGUUUUAUGUCCGCGUAGUGCAGCAGAGCAGAUGAAUGGAACUGAGCAGCAAUGUUCUUUAA